AUGGCGCUUCUGUGUCAUAAAAACCAUAGACCAGAAGUUGUCAUCCAAGUGUCACGGACCGUGAUUCUCUCGUACUCUUGUACCCUUGUUAGUGAUGCUCGGGGUUAUCGGGUGAAGAGUAAGGACGCAGAAGGGAUGAAGUACAACUGGGUCGUGGGAGUGGCAUCAAGACGGUUGGUGCUAGGAGUUCUAGGAUGGAACGAAUAUAUCGUAGGAGCUCUGAAGGCGGGUUGCUUUGAAAGUGAAAGAGAAGCACUUGCCAAGUUGAAAGGUGGCUUCACGGAUCCUUCUGGCCGGCUCGCUUCAUGGGUUGAGAAAGAUUGCUGCAAAUGGAGAGGAAUUGUAUGCAGCAAUCUGACUGGGCGAGUCGUUGAGAUUAAUCUCCACAACCCGUAUGUGGAUGAUACUCUAAGCGGCGAUCUCAAGCCAGGACAAGCGCUGGGGGGUGAGAUCAGUCCUUCUCUGCUCGAUGUCAAAGAGUUGAACUACUUGGAUUUGAGCAUGAACAAUUUUGGAGGCACCGAACUCCCGGGAUUCAUCGGUUCGCUAAAGCAGCUGAGAUACCUCAAUCUGUCGGACACGUCUUUCGGCGGAACGAUCCCUCUGAGUCUAGGAAAUCUUUCACGACUGCAAUAUCUGGACCUCAGCAAUUGUUUUGCCGAAUCGAGCCAAAACGAUCUUCUUUGGCUUCCUGGCCUUUCUUCCCUUAUAUACCUUAAUCUCAGAGCCACCGAUCUCAGUAAAGCCGCAGAUCAUUGGCUUCGAGAAAUCAAUUCGCUACCUUCUCUCACGGAGUUGCGCUUGCCCAACUGUUUCCUGGCAAAGCUUCCUUUUUCUCUUCCAUUCAUCAAUGUCACAUCGCUUGAGGUCCUCGAUCUCUCGAACAAUAACUUCAACUCUGCGUCACCCCGAUGGCUGUUCAAUCUCACUCGCCUCGUUCAUCUUGAUCUAAACUCAAAUGGUCUCGGGGGCGAGCUUCCAGAUGAAUUUAUGAAUUUAGCAUCCCUCCAAGAACUCGACAUGUCCCAAAAUUCGUACCUCAAAGGUCGGCUUCCGAAAUCCUUAGGGAGCUUAUGUGAUUUGAGUGUCCUAAAGCUUUCUGUCAAUAGAAUUACCGGUGAGAUAACUGAUUUUAUUGACGGGUUAGCUCGAUGCAACGAUAGCAAGUUGGAAAAUCUGAACUUGGGGAACAAUCGGUUGUCUGGUAAUUUGCCAGAUUCUCUAGGAAAACUAAAGAGGUUAAGGUACCUCCAAUUUUGGCAGAAUUCAUUUCAAGGUUCUAUUCCACGGAUGAUUGGAAACUUGUCUUCUUUGAAAGAGUUUUCGGUGGCCAUCAAUAGGAUGAGUGGGAUUCCAUAA